AUAAGGGGGAGGGGAGGGGGGCGCGCGCGGCAUGUCGUGCUCGUCAGUCCGGCUUGCUGCUUUACGGCCGUCUCGCGCGACGCUCCUCCUUUUCCUCUCCUCGCUAAGAUGGCGGCGGCCGGGACCCUCUACACCUACCCCGAGAACUGGCGGGCCUUCAAAGCCCUCAUUGCCGCCCAGUACAGUGGGGCCAAGAUCCAGGUGCUCUCCGCCCCUCCCCAGUUCCACUUUGGGCAGACCAACAAGACCCCCGAGUUCCUGAAGAAGUUUCCCGUCGGGAAGGUGCCGGCCUUUGAAGGGGACGAUGGAUUCUGCGUCUUUGAGAGCAACGCCAUUGCCCACUACGUCAGCAACGCAGAGCUGCGAGGAGCCAGCCCGGAGGCGGCCGCCCAGGUCAUCCAGUGGGUCAGCUUUGCCGACAGCGACAUCGUCCCUCCCGCCAGCACGUGGGUCUUCCCCACCUUGGGCAUCAUGCACUACAACAAGCAGGCCACCGAGUACGCCAAGGAGGAAGUGAAGAGGGUCCUGGGCACCCUGGACUCCCACCUGAAGACGCGGACCUUCCUGGUGGGCGAGCGCGUCUCGCUGGCCGACAUCACGGUGGCCUGCACUCUCCUCUGGCUGUACAAGCAGGUGUUGGAGCCGUCCUUCCGCCAGCCCUACGGGAACGUCAACCGUUGGUUUGUCACCUGCCUCAACCAGCCGCAGUUCAGGGCUGUCCUGGGAGAGGUGAAGCUGUGUGAGAAGAUGGCCCAGUUUGACGCUAGGAAGUUUGCGGAGAACCAGCCCAAGAAGGAGAAGCCGCCCAAGGAGGAGAAGAAGCAGCAGCAGCCCGAGAAGAAGCAGCCGCAGCCGCCGCCCGAGCCCGAGGAGGAGCUGGACGAGUGCGAGCAGGCCCUGGCCGCCGAGCCCAAGUCCAAAGACCCCUUUGCUCACCUCCCCAAGAGCCCCUUCGUCCUGGACGAGUUCAAGCGCAAGUACUCCAACGAAGACACCCUGACGGUGGCCCUGCCCCACUUCUGGGAGCAUUUUGACAAGGAGGGCUGGUCCAUCUGGUACGCCGAGUACCGCUUCCCCGAGGAGCUGGCGCAGACCUUCAUGAGCUGCAACCUCAUCACAGGCAUGUUCCAGCGCCUGGACAAGCUGCGGAAGAACGCCUUUGCCUCGGUCCUCCUCUUCGGCGCCGACAGCGGCAGCAGCAUCUCGGGCAUCUGGGUCUUCCGCGGGCAGGAGCUGGCCUUCCCGCUGAGCCCGGACUGGCAGGUGGAUUACGAGUCCUACAGCUGGCGGAAGCUGGACCCGGAGAGCGCGGAGUGCAAGACGCUGGUGCAGGAGUACUUCCUGUGGGAGGGCCGCUUCCAGCACGUGGGCAAAGCCGUCAACCAGGGCAAGAUCUUCAAGUGAGGCCGCGGCUGGCGCUGGGCCCGCUCCCCCCCCCAACGGACCUGCGGCGGCCCCCCCUGCUCCCGAGGCAGAGGCGUGGCGGUGUCUGGAGAUGUGCAUUAAACCCCCGCCUGUGCUAGUC